AUGACGCGGCUGCCGCAGGAGGAUGUCGCUCGGAUUCUCGGCCGUGUGAUCGAUGAUGACCAGAACGCCCCUUCUGACUUCAAGGCCCUCAAGCUCCAAAACCCUGAACUGCUUCCUUCGCCGGAGGAGGAGCUGGACGAGGAGAUGGUGGAAUAUUAUGCCGGCGUGCGUGCCUACUAUAAAAUCGGAGAGGACUACCUCAAAUUCCAGGCAUGGGUGCGCAGUGAGUACGCCAAGAACGGCUACGUCGAGGUCGAUGACGACUUCCUCGCUAAGAGGGCCAGAGUCCGAGCAGACAGCGACGGAGCACGGGAGGAGAUGCUCAACACGAUCGACUUCUCGGACGACGACGAAGAUCUGAAGAGACUUCUUACGACCAGAUGGUACUGA